GAUUUUGCAAGAAACAGCAUCCUUCGUAAAGUGUAAAUAAAAGUAAUAGGUCCUGUUUGACUCCAGUCUCCCUUGGCGGCAUCAUGUCAGAAACGUGGUAUAGCUAUACUUUCUACAAAUGAGACAAACGAAUAUUAUGUCGGGCUAUAAGCUAUAAGCAAACGACUUUUUCAAAGACUGAUAUUGGUCUUCGGAACAUUGGAAUAGUAUUAGAAGGAGGAUAGUUUUAGUUUCUACUUGCUUCCCACCCUGAAGCCACGUGGAGCUCGGUUUGGCGGGAACCUCUCCAAAUACAUGUCGGGUAAUACGUGUUUGAUAAAUAUCCAUGAUGCAGUGGGGUCAGUGUAAGGAUGACAAGAUGGCGGAAGCUUCGUUCCCUGUCUGGGUCGGUGGCUUGGCUUCCAACACCAACGAAGCUAUGCUUAGGGACAUAUUUAGUAAAUUUGGGUCAGUGAGUAAUAUAACAAUUCUCAAGGAUGAUAGAGGCCAGUCAAAAAAGUGUGGUUUUGUUAGUUUUGGCUCGUACGAAGUGAGCGAGGCCGCAGCCAUAGCCUUGGAUGGCUGUCAUGUUUUUGGUCAAAUAAUUGAAACGAAAGGGCCUUCUAAACUAAAAAUAUCUAGACAACCCCUUAGUCCUCCAAAACAGGAGAAAGAUGAUGAAAAGGUACUUUUGGACUGUAAUUAUUUCGUCGAGAAAAAGAAAUGCCCCUUUAAAGCUGGUAUGUGUCCAUAUCGUCACUGCAUGGGAGCUCAAGCAACAGAGACAGUCUGCGAUAAGUGGCUUAUUGACCAAUGCAGAGAUGUUGAGUGUAGUUACAGACAUCCAGUGGUCAAUAUACUCAAGAAUGAUUCGAAAGAAAGUAAAAAUGACGUUGCUGUGAAAGAUCCCCAGUCUCGAUGCCCUUCACAUAAUGCAUUUAAAUGCAAUGGAGAAUGUGGGUUUGAGGAAUGUGAUACACACUUCUUGGAAAUGGAGGCAAUGGAAGAACACAUCAAGAGAGGAAGAGAACCUGUACCCUCUGGAGCCUGUUCAGGGUGUAAAGCAGUGUUUUUCAGUGAAGCAGAAAGAACUAAGCAUUCAUGCCUCAAAUCAAAGCAGCAAGAAGCAUUUAUUCCAUUGUACCAUCCAAAACCUGUCAAACCAUCCUGUUCAUGUAGUUCUUCCAAAACCAGUACUGUUUGCACAUGUACAGCUUGUGGUAGUAAAUAUGAACACUCCGGUGAUAGUUUGAGUACAUUUGAAUAUUCGCCAGAGGGUAAAGUGUAUGGAGGACAUAAAUGUCCCAAUUCUCCUUCUGUUAGAAAUACUAUUGAUAGCAAACAGGAAUUAGAACCCAUUGGUGUAUUUUGGGACAUUGAGAACUGCCCUGUUCCUAAAGGAAAGUCUGCUGUAGACAUUGUCAAGAAGUUAAGAGAAGUAUUCUUUACAAGUAAAAGAGAAGCUGAAUUCAUGUGUGUAUGUGAUAUUAGUAAAGAAAAGAAAGAGAUCAUUGAAGAACUAAACAAGUCUCAGGUAACUGUUGUGCACAUCAAUGCAACUUCCAAAAAUGCUGCUGAUGAUAAGUUGCGACAAAGUCUACGCAGGUUUGCCCAGUCCUACCCACCUCCAGCAACAGUUGUGCUAGUAUCUGGUGAUAUCAACUUUGCAGCAGAGUUGUCUGACUUGCGUCACAGACACAACUUGACCGUUAUCUGUCUUCACAAUGCUCAGGCUCAUUCUGCUUUAUUGGCUUGUGCUCAUCAAGCUGAGAGAUUUGAUUUGUUUACUAAUGACUUGCAUCCAGUUAAAAUACAAGCAAAGGAUGUCAGCAUUACAAGUGCAGAGCUUAGUAUUUUAAAUCUUCCUGUUGGAAAAGAUGUCACACAAAUCAAAACAAGGCUUCACAAGUUAUCAGAUAACUGUGGAGGAAAGGUGACAAGUGUAACAGGCCGUACUGCUGUUAUGAAGUUUCCUAAUCAACAAAGUGCUGCAAGAGCAAAAAAGCGCUUAGACAAAGAGGAUGUUUUUGGUUCACUGAUUGAAGUGAAUCACACAGUGUCUAAGACAAGCUUAACUUCAAGCCCAUUAAGAACAAAGAAUAAGUUGCCCUCUGAAAAAAUAGAGAAGCUAGAUAUGAUGGGAGAGGUACCUGAUGGAGUUACCAGGAGUAUACCAGGCUCAAAGAAAGAAAAAAGGAAAACUACAGACCCAUUAGUGCAUUCAACACAAUCAUCUUUGAUAAGAGACAAGCUUAUACCACAGAUGGAUAGACAUCAUCAGUAUUGUCAAAAUGGACAGCUUGAAGAAGACCUUGAAGAAAUUUUGUGUACUCCAUCUAAUAUAAAAAACAAUCCUUCUGUUACUUGCGUCUCUACAUCAGGAACACAAUCACUAACAAUUAACCCAUCGUGUAACUAUGGAGCAAUGUGGCAAAACCCUUUUUACCAUGGUGUUGUGAAUCUACCCUGCUCACAGAUCCACACACAAGGGAUUGGAUACCCACUACCUUUACCAGUUAUUGGACCACAACACAUUACUGCCUCAUGGUUGGCCAAUCUGCAUAACAUGACAGUGUUGGAGCAACAGAAGGGAGGUGUUGAUAUUAUGGUGAACAACCUAGAUGAAAAUGUCAGUAAUAAAGAACUGAAGAAAAAGUUAGCAUCUGUCUUUAGAGAGCACUGCAAGGUAUAUUCUGUUGUUGUACAAGCUGAUGAAGGGUUAGCACUCUGUGCAUUUGUUAAGGUUCCUAAACUCACUGAUGCCCAGAUUGCUGUUUCCAAGGUCAACAACCAAAAGAUGUUUGGAACAUUUAUAAAAGCAUCAAUAGUAACUGAGAAAGAGAAGGAACUGUAUUUCAUGUCAUGUGAAGUUAUUUCUGUGUUGAAAGAAGCACCUUUAAAGUGGAUGCCGUUAAACAAGUUUCUUGGUGUGUUUUAUGAAAGGUGCUCUCAUCCAUUUGAUAUGGGUGUGCUAAUGAUGAUUCCUGAUCUAGUAACUGUUGUAGGCAAGCCAGGUACUGAGGCUAUUGUUUUAUCUACUGCUGCCAUAAGUUCUGUUAAAGUUCUUGUAGACCCUUUAACAUUCACAAAGGAAGUGCACAUUCUCUUGAAACAUCACAAAGGCAACUUGAUUUUGGCUAAUUUUGCUGCAUCAUAUUGGUUGAAAUAUGGCAAAGAAAUAGAAGUAGGGGACUCUGGGUUGCUUCUGCCAGAUGCUCUACGAGCUGUUCCCAACGUUUGUAUUGAAAGAGAUGUGUCUGGUAAAGAUGUGGUGACCUGGGCAAAACAAGGAAUAGUUAAUGGUGGAGUCCUUGACAAGCUUGUAGAACUAUCACUUGAACUUGAGGAGCUUCUUAAAGCACAGCAGCAAUUCCGACUACCACUAAGUCACUUAAUAUCUGCCUAUCAAAAGUGGUUUAACAGGAAGUCACCUUUUGAUCCUGUUAACUAUGGAUUUUUGUCUGUAAAAGAUUUGCUUGAAGCUUUACCAACUGUUGUUAAGAUGGAAGAGGAAGGACUAGAUAGAUAUGUGACACUCACACCUAACCUCAAGAUCAAAGCCUUUAAGGAAGAAGUUAAGAUUCUACUAGAGUCACAUCCUAACUGCUGUCUUUCCUUGGAUACUUUCAUGACUUCCUACCAAAGCUGUUUUGGUCAUAAAUGUAGAAUAGCUGAUUAUGGAUUUGAGAAUCUGAUAGACCUAAUUAGAAGUGUAUCAGAUGUUGCUAAGUUGUCCAAUCAUGGGGUAAAGAUAAUGGUCGACCUCAUUAGAAAAGAUGAUACUGAAGUGGCUGACUUUCAAAAUACUUUUAAAACUGUGUCUCAUGAGGUAAUUGAGUUAUUGGCCUGUGAGAAUAUGCAACUCCAUGUGUCUAUGGUGAUGAACAAGUAUCAUGAACACUUUGGCAAGAAUUUGAGAAUCAGUGAAUGUGGGUUCACAAGACUGGAAGACCUACUUCGACAUGUUUCUGGUGUACAGGUGAAUAAUAUUGGUGGUGAAAUGUAUGCAAGUCUAGAAGAUGCGACUAUUGAAAGAAAUAUUGUUGAUUUAGUUAGUAUACAAGAUGGUGGUUUUGUAGCAGUGAGCCAACUACCAUCCCUUUAUCAGAAGCAUUUUAACAAACAAUUCACGCUUACGUCAGACCAAUUAACAAACAUAGUGAAGAAUUCUAACAAGAAGUUGCAGAUCAUUGGUGUGGAAAAUGAUAAAAUCAUAUGCUGUAAUCAAAGAUCAGAAAAGGAACAACAGAGUCAUGCUCUGAAGAAGUUAGCAACAGAUCUUCAAAGCCUUUUAAUAAGAUUUCCUGGAGCUCGUGUUUCAAGAUUAGCUCUUGCUGAUAUUUACAGUCAUCACAGAGGACAUGUAAUCAAACCACAAAGAUGGGGGUGCUCAAAUCUGGAUUCAUUACUAUUGGCUCUGUCAGACAGCAUUGAGGUAAUUGGAAGUGGAGAUUUUGCAGCAGUAUGUUUAAAGCAAGAAUACGUGUUGCGAUGUCUUGCUCGUGAUUUAGUCAGUCUGCUGAGUGCAAAAACGGGCAAAAGUAUCCUUAUAUCAAAUCUACCUAAGGUGUACGAGAAACACUUUGGACAUGCACUUUGUCUGGAGCAUUAUGGUUUUACCAAUCUGUUGGAUGUAUUCAACUACAUGUGUUCUGUUAUCAAGGUAAAUGGUGAUGGAAAAAAAAGAAUUUCUCUUACUUAUCUUCAGUCAUUCGCCAUUGAAGCAAAGAAACUUCUGACUCAUUAUGAAGGUUGUAUCUCCCUCAACCGGUUCGCUCCAUGUUUUCAACAAYUCUUCAACAGACCACUUAAAGCAGCAGAUUAUGGUUAUUCACGGCUGUCAGAAGUCAUAAUGGCAAUACCACAUGUGACUGAGUUGCGUGGCAAAGGUGCUGAUAAAAUGGUGGUAUUACUAAAGAACACAGAUGUACUGCUAGAAUGCAUUGGACCUAAAGCAACAAAUGGGUUGAAUGCCCAAGGAUUUGAAACAUUUGAGAGCAACGAGGUAUCUGAUACAGAAUCUGUCAUUGUCGAAGAAGAGAUUGAAGAGAAUGUUGAAGGAUGUUCUUCUCAGAAGACCAGUGUGGAAGAUCUGAUAGUUCUAAGUGGUAAUGAUGAAGUGAUAAAAGCAAAAGACUGGCUUAUGGCUCCUGUUCCUAAUACUGUACCUGAACCACAACUCUAUCCUCAGCUUCAGCACCACAGAGAUCUUAUAUCCUUUACAGAAUUCGAUUCAGGGCUUUGCCUAGCAGGACUUGACCAAUCUACCUCAAGUGAGGGUACCUUAUCAGAACAGAAUCCAUCCUUUAUGUUUCCUUGUCAAACGGCAAGGGGUCAACAGGAGGCCUUGAGUCCUGGUCUACGACAACUGUCAGAUGUUGAAGCAGAAAUGUUAAACACACCUGUUGUGAAUACAGCCGUCUUAAAGCAGGAAGUGAACAAGCCAUGUAAAAAGACAGCAAGAGCAAAACCAAAAAAUAAGUCUAAGAAAUUGGCCAAUCCCAUAAAACUGGCAGUUAAUUUUUCCAUAUCAGACAACAAAUAAAAUAAUCAAGCUUUAUUUUGAUUAAGCAGGAACAACAAUUGAGUAGGAUGGGUAGAUAUUUGUGACCCUCAGCAUAAAUGCUUCACUCGUUUGUAUAAGUAUCCCAUCUAUUACAUGCACACAAGAAAGCCUUAGAAUGUGUGCUUGGCGCAGUUAUGCUAAGGAUCUGUAACGAUUGUGGUUUAACCAAAUAAGUAGUAUACUCCUAUUUCAGUAGUUGUCAUCGCCAAAGGGGAUAGGCAAUAGGUCAUCAUGACAUGGAAAUGGUUUCAUUAAACACAAAGAACAUUGAAUCAGUCUCAACACUAGGGGUUAUGUUCUUGAUGAGAACAAGAAGCAGAAACCCAAGUCAUUCCAGAUAUUCUUGGAUCUUGAAAUGACCUACUCACCUAUCGCGUUUUGCCCCCUUUGGCAAUGACAACAUUUAUUAAAAUACUAGGUCCAUGUAUUCUUGAAAUGUCAUCUUGCUAAAUGCUCUCUGAUAGGCUCAAAACUGUGCUUCAAAGAAUAGAGUGUAGUGAUGACACAGCUGGUAAUAAAACACUUUUAGUAAUACUCCAAAUUCUCUGUUGCUCAGGGUUGGCCUUGAUUUUAAAUGGAAUUGUUUUGAAUGUUUAUGUAUUCCAGUGAAGGUCAGUGGAAUUUGCAUGUGUUUUUGAAGCUGUACAUUCUUUAAAAUUUUAUGAAAUUUCUGAAUUUGUUGAUGCUGAAAUAAGGCUAACCCUGAGUAUGUAAUUGAGUCUAGGAACAGGUAUUAUUGAUAUGAAAAGGUUAUUAAUUUUAUCUAUUUUUCUUGUUAAAAUAGACCCAUUUACCUUGGCACAAUGUUUUCCCAAAUCAGACCACCUGUCAUUCCCUAGAGUAUUAUUUCCUUGUUCGACGGUUGCACAUAAGAAGUCACAUUAAUAUGGAUACAACUCAAACAAAAACUUAUUCUCAACACAAUCACUUGUGGUCAGAAAUGUGUAAACAUGAUACAACCAGAUAAAAUGUAUGUUAGGGUCGUUUAAAAGUCCUUUCUUUUUUUUUUUUUUU